CUCCCGCCAACCAAACAUGUUGUGUUAUCCUGCGGAGGGAGGGGGACUUAGCUACAUAAGUUCGCCAGUGACAUCAUCUCCAGUCAACCACCACCAUCAUCACCGUCACCAUCACCAGGGAAGAUGUUCGAGUGGGUUAGGUAAAGGGGGAGGGGAGUUGCCAACUGGCCCACCACCACCACCCACUACAAAACUGAUGUCCACCAAGCACCAUUUUGCAAUCCAGUGUAUAAUAAACAAGACUUCAUACCCUCUGAGCUCACUUUUGCUUGGACUUCACUCAGACUACCAUCCACAAAAACAAUAAAAUAAAAUGGCUCGAACUCCGUCUACAUCAUCGCUGAAUCAUAUCAUGAAGACCGCACGAGCAGACAAGACACAGGAACAGAACCCGACGACGACCUCUCCAGAACCAGGAAACGAUCGUCACCACCACCAGCAACCAGAAGAAGAAGAAGACUACAAGAUGGGGGGAGAGGGCUUUUGGAGCGAGAACAGAUACCAACAAGCGAUCGUCGAGAUCUACGAAUCCUUGUACCAGCUCCAACGCCAUCGCGCUCGGCCCCAAGAAACACAGGUGGUCGACUGUCUCUCCAAGUGGUACGAGCUCAACGCGGUGUUCGAGAACCCGUUCACAAGGGCCUCCGGCGUCCUUGCUAUCGUCAAUCAGUUCUCUCUCAUGUCCCUCAUUCCUGGAUCCAUCUGGUCCGAGUUGGACGAUAUCUGUCAGUCUGUCGAUUAUGAUGGAAAUCGGGUCGUAGUCUUUUCGCAUACGCUUCAUUUCGAUCUCUUAGGAAGUAGUGAAGACGAGCCGGACGGAGGAGGAGGAGGAUAUGGCGGGGGGAUCCAGACGCCGUAUCUGUCCGUUCCAGCGACGCCGCACGUGGGCACGCCGAGCACGCAGGGGAAGUAUGGGAGUAACUGUGUGCAGGCGACGAUGAGGGGGGGACUGAGCAGGGGCAGCCACGGGGGAGCCACCAACAAGAGCCUAUUGGAGCGACUUCGGGUGAUCCAAACCGGCGGCGAGACGAUGUGGCCGUUACAAUGGCUGCUCUCGUCGGUUUCGCCCCGGACGGUGGCGGGCCGACUGGCCCGAUUCGACCUCAAAUUGUCCACCCGGCUCCAGUUCAAUGAGCAGGCCCGGAUCGUCUCCCAUCAGGACAUCUGGGGCAUCAAGGAGCUCGUCGACUGUCUCGCACCCUCCCCGCUCGUCCAUCUCUACUCCUGUCAACGUUGGCUCGUCGGACUCUCCGCCGACUUCCUCAGUCGUCGUUACCUCCGCUCUUCUUCUUCUUCUUCUUCAGGAUCUACUGACUCUGCUUCGACUGAUCGACAACACUCAUCGGGAUCUCUGCUCCAUACCGAGCGCCCCAAUCCGUCCGCUUCCUCGGCCCUCCAUUCGCCCAUCUUCAUCCGCUCUAAUGGCUCGCCUAUCAAUCUCAUCUCCCUCCACAAAUCUCAGCCCACUACUACCCUCCUCCAUCCGCCCCCGCCUCCGAGACCUCAACAAUCUUCUUCUUCUUCGGCGGCCUCUCCGGUCGGUACUACCAUCGAUCAUCAGAAGGAUGGCCAGGAGGAGGAGGAGGAGGAGGAGGAGGAACUUACGACAGAAGUCGGCUCGCUCGAUGGCGCUCGCUCUUCGGAUCUCUAUCAUCACUCGUUAAACAUCUAAUCCUUCUCGCUCUCUCUCGCUCGUACCUUAAAAACCUGUCUCUUUUUUGUUUUUGUAGCUCCCCGUUCAUGAUUCUCUCUUUCUCGUCUCUUCUCAGACGUUGUAGCUUCUCGUUUUCCUUCAUCUCUCUCUCUCUCUCUCGCUUUCUUUUUUCCAAUGGAUUUUCUUCUUCUUGUUGCGUUCGUUCUUUUUUUACAAUUCGUGUGUGUGUGUGUGUUUAUAAUCAUCAUUUUUUGGAGCUCUUUUACUUUUUUUUGGGGGGGUG